GAAGCCGCACUGGGGUUGUGUUUCCUCCAGCUCGCCUUUUCCAACCUUGUCGACCACCCAGGGCCGUUCCUCCCCCGGCGGAGAGCGCUGUCAGAGCGGCGGACGGAGGGCUCGCGGAGCCGCCGCUGCUCUCCUUCAGGCAGGCGCGAGUCUUGUUGCUACAGCGACGGUAGUGACAGAGGAGCGAUAGGGUUCUGAGGAGGAAAGGAGAGAUAAGGGGGACGCUUGUUUGGACUUGAGCCGUUGUAGGAGAGACGGUCGUGUCCCUUUUUUCUGCAGACGGCGACACUGCCGAGGACUGAGAGACAGCCUUCUGCGACCAGUCUGAGCCUUUGUCUCAGAAGCAGCAGCAGCAGCAGCGAUGCCGGGGUACGAUUAUAAGUUCCUGGAGAAACCCAAGAGACGCUUUCAGUGUCCUCUGUGCAGCAAGGCGAUGAGGGAACCCGUCCAAGUUUCCACAUGUGGACACAGGUUCUGUGACACAUGUCUACAAGAAUUCCUCAGUGAGGGGGUCUUCAAAUGUCCUGAGGAUCAGCUCCCGCUGGACUAUGCUAAGAUCUAUCCUGAUCCAGAGCUAGAGCAGCAGAUCCUGGCUCUGCCCAUCCGUUGCAUCCACAGUGAGGAGGGCUGCCGCUGGACCGGUCAGAUGAAGCAGCUGCAGGGUCAUUUCUCCACCUGCGCCUUCAACGUGAUCCCCUGCCCCAACCGCUGUGCCGUCAAGCUGACACGCCGCGACCUGCCCGAGCACCUGCAGCACGACUGCCCCAAGCGUAAGGUCAAGUGCGAGUUCUGCGGCAGCGAGUUCACGGGGGAGGCCUUCGAGAAUCACCAGGGCAUUUGUCCUCAGGAGAGUGUGUACUGUGAGAACAAGUGCGGGGCGAGGAUGAUGAGGAGGCUCCUGGCCCAGCACACCAUGGCCGAGUGUCCGAAACGCACGCAGCCCUGCAAGUACUGCGGCAAGGAGUUCGUCUACGACACCAUCCAGAAUCAUCAGUACCACUGCCCUCGCUUCCCUGUUCAGUGCCCUAACCAGUGUGGCACCCCCAACAUCGCCCGAGAAGACUUAGCCACCCACGUGAAGGAAAGCUGCGGCAGUGCGUUGGUGCUGUGCCCCUUUAAGGACGCCGGCUGCAAACACAGAUGUCCAAAGCUGGCAAUCGGUCGUCACCUAGAAGAGACCACCAAAUCUCACCUGACGAUGAUGUGCAACCUGGUGGGCCGUCAGCGGCAGGAGAUCAUGGAGCUGCGGCGGGAGAUGGAGGAGCUGUCGGUGAGCCACGACGGCGUGCUCAUAUGGAAGCUAAGCGACUACUCGCGCAAGCUGCAGGAGGCCAAGCUGCACAACAACCACGAGUUGUUCAGCCCACCCUUCUACACGCACCGCUACGGCUACAAGCUGCAGGUAUCCGCUUUCCUCAACGGCAACGGCAGCGGCGAGGGCUCACACCUGUCCAUCUACAUCCGAGUGCUGCCCGGCGAGUACGACAACCUGCUGGAGUGGCCCUUCGCCUACAAGGUGACCUUCUCCAUCCUGGACCAGAGCGACCCGUCGCUGUCCAAGCCGCAGCACAUCACCGAGACGUUCAACCCUGACCCCAACUGGAAGAACUUCCAGAAGCCCAGCAGCAGCCGCAACUCGCUGGACGAGAGCACGCUGGGCUUCGGUUAUCCCAAAUUCAUCUCGCACGAGGAGAUCCGAACGAGGAACUACAUCCGCGACAACGCCAUCUUCCUCAAGGCUUCCAUAGAGAUCCCUCAGAAGAUCAUGGCCUGAAGAGACAGCAGAAAGCGCUGUUGGAAGGUUACGCAGUUGACUUCAUGGGAAGACUCUUCUCAUUUCGAUGCUUGUUUUCCAUUCUGAAAAUUCAAGCAAAGGACUCGGAGGUUGCCUGUCAGGUGGAGGUGGCCCACGUCGAAACGUCAGCACGUAGGAAAGUGUUCUGGUCUGUGAAACCAUUGCACGCGCUCAUUUCAGAUUCACAUUUUCACAACUUUCUCAGUUUGCAACAAAAGCCUUCGGACAUUCAAUAGUGCCUAGAAAGUUUUAUUUUAAUUUAAAGUUGUUCUGAAAUAAAUGUGAUUUAUGAAAACUCUGUGACAGAUGCGAACUAAACAGAACAGUUUAAGGGGGGUGCGAAAGGUUAUUCGUAGCCUUUGCACGUUGAGAAUGUUUGAACUGUGUUUGGAAACAAGGCAGCAGCGCUCUAGAUACACACCGGCAGACAAAACUUGUGUGGUCUGUCUUAGGAAUUCAGCGUACACACUCAAACCCGUUUGCCUUUUGUUUACACGCACUCUCCCCCGGCAGUGGUCCUCAAGCAGAAACUCAGCGACGGGGUCAGUGGGAUCCAGUUUUCCUAUUUAACUAGUUUUAAGUAAACUAAUAGCAGCUGUGAAGUAAAAUGUCUCACUCAGUCACCUUCUGUCACCCAAGGCCCUUUCAGUCUCGGCUUUUAGUUUAAUAGGGCGUCAAAGGACGCAAAGCUCACUUAGGCUGGUUUUCACAACACCUUGUCAAAAGCAUGCUCGGGAGAGAUCUCUUCGUUGCAUUCUUGAGCAGGACGGGGCCAAUGUGCUAAUGUGUAGUCUCAGGCUCUUCAGAACGGUGGAGACUAGGGCUCAGUGCGCUGCAAGUCAACUCAUGUCCCCGAGCGUGAAGAGAAAGACGUAAUGUAAGAACUUGUUUACAUGCACUCAGUAGGUGUUGCUGUGGUAAUUGUUGGGGAUGUCCCGAUCAAGGAAUGUUUUAAUGAACUGAUAUCCUGAUCCUUGCAUAAGACCAUUUCACCCCAUCAUGCUAUAUUUAUAUAUUGUUGUAGAGGUGACACAAUUAGUGUGUUUACAUGCACUCAAUAAUCCGAUCAUAAUCUGAUUUCUGCAGUUAUCUAAUUAUUUAAUUGGUCAUGUUAACAGCAUACUCCGAUUUCUUAGAUCGGUGUAAGGUCUGGAAAUCCGAUAAAGAGAGCUGGAUUUUAGCUCAGUAAUCAGAUGUAAACUCUUACUCUGAUUUCUUUUGGAUUUCUCAGUUUGCGCAUGUGAGAAACAGACAGGUACCGGAAAUAAGCAAGCAGCAUUGCUGCAAGACGCAGCAAAACACUUUUGGAGCAAAGCUGAAACCAACUUUAUGCUUGACGAAAUGAAGGAUUUCAAUAUUCUUCUUCUUCUAGAUGAUGUAUGUUCAUAGUUUCAGGUAAAGUGGCGCAAUGUUUUAAAAAAAAAAGCUGCGGCAUGAGUUUUACAUUAUGUUUAUGCCGUAUCUUCUUCUGUGAGUUUAUUGGCUCAUUGGAAAGCAGAAAUUUGAAUACUGCCUGACUCAUGUAGACCUGGAGUCUCGCCAUUAUCUGAUUGCUCAAGUGCAUGUAAACGCAUUUACUGGAUUACUGACAAAAUCUGAUUUUCUGCUGUUAUCGGAUUAUUAAGUGCAUGUAAACGCACUCAAUUUGUGGCAAUGAGGCAUGUUUUCAAAAACUAACAGUUCAUCUGCAUCUAUUCUAAAAUAGAAAAUGAAAACAGUCCAAAAGCCACUUGUAAAUUCGGCAAUGUCAGCGUUUUAAACUAGAUUCACAUAAACUUUGAGUGUGCAGCUAUACUUAGCGAUACUAGUUACAUGUUCUAAGCCAAGAGAAAUGAGUAUGCUUCACUCAUUUUAGAUAAUGAUGCCACAAAGUGGUUGUUUAAAAAAAGUAGUCAAAAAACAUUUACACUGUCAGUUCAGAGUGUUAUACUAUGCAAAUACUACCAGUGAACUGAUUUUCCUGCAGCAUUUUCAAGUAACCAGUAGCCCAGCAUGUCUUAUCUGAAAUAUGAAUUGGUUUUGACUAAUGAUAACGCAAGUCUAUUUGAAGUGUGCACUGUGUGGCUGUGUUAUAUACAAGAAUACAAGAGGAUUCUGUAUCUGCAGAUACUAAUAUGAAAUGUGGGAAUCGGGGUGAAAAACUUGAUCGAGACAUCCCUAGUAAUUGUUCCUAAGAUCAGAUACCUGGUUUGUAUGCUCACGAACACGUAUUGUAACCUGUUCUCUUGAAACCUCUGUCCAUUGAGGGCAUUUUAGCAACCAUCCCAUGAAACCAAGAUUCUUUUGCAUGGGAACGAAACAUGAGCUGAAGUGGGUGCAGAUGUGUCCUAAUCUGCAGGUGUCAACGAAUGGGACCUCCAGACUUUUUAGUUUGUAUUCUCUUCGUCCUACUCUGCCGGUCAUUCUCAGCUGAGAGCGAGAAGGAGGGGGUGUGUUGUUGCCUCAGGUGGAAGAGUGUUUCAGUGGCUGAGUCUGAGGAGAGUUCUUCCGUGUACCUGAGGAAGACAAGCUUUGUGCAAUAUGGCUGCCAAUUCUCGCGACCGACCUGCGGAGGACUUUGUGGAUAACUACACGUGUGAUUACUAAUAGACAUGCGGAAGCACAUUCUCAUCGUCUUACUCUUCAUGAAAAGUCCUGAUUUAAUCGCGCUAUAAUACCAGCUAAUAUUUUCUCAAUAACUUUAAGAAAAUGUGGGAUUUUCUUUUUCAAGAUUCUGUAUUUUACAAAUGUUCUUCAAAAUGUUUUAUACAACACUUUUUGGGGUGACAAGUAGGGAGCUGUACUGGGACAUUUUCUCGUUUCAGUCCCUCUGGAGUUUGCUCCGUUGUUUCGUUGGUCUGUUUUGGAUUUUUUGCAUAUUCUGUCUGUACUAUAUGCUCUUGAGAAGUAUUUAUUUUAAGCCAUCGCCUAGGCUCGACACACACGAUGGUGCAAAUGUUUUUAUAUGUUGAUUGAUGAUUGCUUGUCAUUUUUCCCCUUGAAAUAAAAUGUCCAUAGUAGUCGUCUUGG